AUGGCAACCGCAACGAUUUCUGUUGAAGAGGACCAGUUCUGCUGUCCCGUGUGCCUGGAGGUUUUACGGGACCCUGCCACCAUCCCCUGUGGUCACAGCUACUGCCUGGACUGCAUCGAAGACUACUGGAACACAGCAAAGCAGAGAGACCAGUACAGCUGCCCCCAGUGCAGGCAGGUGUUCAAGCCCAAGCCGCUCCUCAGCAGAAACACAGUUCUGGGCGAGGUGGUGGAAAAGUUCAUGAAAAGCGGCGCCCAACACCUGGCCAAAGCAGAGGAAGUGAAGUGCAGCACUUGCAAGGGGGGGAAUAUCCGAGCUGCUAAGUCCUGCCUUGUGUGCCUGGAGUCCUACUGCGUGGCUCACCUGAGAGCGCAUGAAGAGCGCUUUCACAGAAAAGCCCACAAGCUGAUCCCAGCCUCGGAUCAGCUGAGAGAGAAGCUGUGCCAGCAGCAUGAUAUGUUACUGCGGCUGUACUGCCUCACCGACCAGCAGUGUGUGUGUUCGCUGUGUGUUAAAGAGAGACACCGGGGUCAUGACACGGUCCCGGUGGGGGAGGAGAGGGCCGCUCAACAUAAAAAACUCAAGGAAACCUCUUUGAAGUCUGUGCAGAAGUUAAGGGAUACAGAGAAGGAGCUCCGAUACGUCAUCAGAUACAUCAAGCACUCCACAGAGGCUGUGGUGGAGGAGAGCGAGAGGAUUUUCUCCAAGCUGAUCCGAUCUAUCGAGAAAGAAGGCAGCGAGCUGAAGGAGAAGCUCCGAGUCCAGGAGAGAGUGGUGGUCGGUCAGGCUGAGGAGGUGCUGGAGAUGAUUCAGAGGGAGAUCUCUGAGCUGAAGAAGACUGAGGCCGAGCUGGAAAGGCUGAGUCGCUCAGAGGACCACAUCUACUUCCUCCAGAGAUCAAAGUGUCUUAAGUUCCCUUCGAGGACCGUGGAGAUGCCCAACACUGAUGCUCUUACAUAUCUGAUGUAUAAGACCAUGAGGGACACUCUGUCGGAUUUAAACGGCAGCCUGGAUGAAACGCUCAGCAGAGACUUCAGCCGAGUGUCUGAUAAAGUAAACUCGGUGAAGGAAGGGAGCAACACUUCUGAAAAAACUAAAGGAAAAGACGCAGACCACACGGAACCGAGAACCAGAGCGGACUUUCUACAGUACUUCAACGAUUUGACUCUGGACUCCAAUACUGCCAACCCAUACCUAAGUUUCUCAGGCGGACGGAGGACGGUGACCACCCGCUACGAGCCACAGCCCUACCCCAACCACCCAGACCGCUUCACCAGCUGGGCCCAGGUGCUGUGCAGAGCUGGGAUGGCUGGCCGAUGCUACUGGGAGGUGGAGUGGGCUGGAAACGGAGGGGUCUCUGUUGGGAUUUGCUACAAAAGCAUGAACAGGAUUGGAGGAGGGAGCGACUGCAAGCUGGGUCACAACUCCAAAUCCUGGAGCCUGGACUGCUCCAACAAAUUAUGCUUCUUUCAGCACAACAAGGAGAGCGUGAGCAUCGCCACGCCCUGCAGCAGCAGGAUAGGAGUGUACCUGGACUUCAGGGGUGGGACGUUAUCCUUCUACAACGUUUCAGACUCCAUGGUUCUGCUUCAUAAAGAGAAGAUCGCAUUCACUCAGCCCGUCUAUGCAGGCUUCUGGGUGGGGCUGGGGUCUACGCUGAAGCUCUGCUCACCUUAAAUGUGAAACAGAGUCGUGCCUUAAUUAAAAAUUAGCCUGCACGUUUAAGUAAAAUCAUGAAUCUGAGGCAAAUGUUUGUGCUCAAAACUCCGUUUUAUUAACCGUAGCAGCAGCAGCAGCUUAGAUCUUGUUGAAGGCAGCAACAUCAACACUCUGGACCUGCAGAGGAAGAAAACAAGCAUGUCAACGGCUUUAAUCUGAAAUCAUUCCACAUCUUGAAGCUUUGUUCAGUGGUUUUAAACAAUAAAGAUUUUGACUAGACAAGAGUUAUGUUUAAACAAAAACAAGUUGAGACCUCUCACACACAGUGUGGGACAAAAUCUAACGGAAAUCGCGUUUUGACCUGACAGAAUAAUUCAGGUUCACAGCAGCCGUCUGCUUUAAAGACGUAACCUACAAAGUCCUCAAACUUGGUGAUCUCCUCCUCCAGGAUAUCUGUGCCAACUUUGUCGUCCUCGACCACACAGUUGAUCUGCAGCUUCUUGAUUCCAUAGCCGACCGGAACCAGCUUCGAGGCGCCCCACAAGAGCCCGUCCAUCUGCACCGAGCGCACACACUCCUCCAGUUUUGCCAUAUCCGUCUCGUCAUCCCACUAAGGAGCCGAGGAAAGAAAGAAAGCCAGUUUCAGAACACUGGCUGGUGGCGUUUUAUAAUCUCUUCUACAGUUUUGCAGACAUUGAUCAUUUGUCCAUUAACACAAAAGUUAAGUUACAUAAAGUUGAACCACAACUGUGACAGCUCAGAAGUGUGCGUACAGGUUUGACGUCCAGCAGGAUGGAGGACUUGGCAAUGACGGCAGGUUUCUUGGCUUUCUUGGCUGCAUAAGCCUCCAGGCGCUCCUGCUUGAGGCAUUCUGCUUCCUCAUCUUCUUCAUCACUACCAAAUAAGUCGAUGUCAUCGUCAUCAUUUUCCACCUUCACCU